AUAGAUAUUUGCGUAAUGUAGAAAGAUAUGCAAAUUAUGAUAACGAUUCUUAAGUAUUUACUUUAAUAGUGCUUUCCUUGAUACUCCUUAUAGUAUUUAACAAUGCUACGAAUAUAAUAAAAUAAGUGAUUAAUUGCCAACAUUACGACAAAAAAAAAUACAUACAGCUGCUAAGUGACAGCUGCCCAAGUUUUAUUAGAUCUGUUAAGUAUUACGAAAAAAUUUUUAUUUUCCAUGGAAAAUUCGAUAUAACAUGUGAUAUCAGUUAUAAGAAUAAGGAAAAAUCCUUAUCUGAACUAUCAUUAGUGUAGUUAAGAAGAAAUAUACAAUGUUCUCUGCAUUUAAAAGACUAGCUGGAAAGUCAGAUGGAGUUGGCAAUAUAUCUCCUAGACCAGCUCAUCAAUCUAUGCCAACAACUUUGCAAAGAAAAUUUGCUAAAGGUGUACAAUAUAAUAUGAAAAUUAUUAUAAAGGGUGACAGAAAUGUAGGAAAGACUUGUCUAUUUCAUAGACUUCAAGGCCAAAAAUUUAUAGAGGAAUAUAUACCAACGGAGGAAAUACAAGUAACCAGUAUUCAAUGGAAUUAUAAAGCUACUGAUGAUAUCGUUAAAGUUGAAGUUUGGGAUGUUGUAGAUAAAGGACGACGUAGAAAAAAGUUAGAAGGUUUAAAAAUGGACAAUUCGCAAUCUGAAAAUAUUAUUGAGGAACCUGCAUUAGAUGCAGAAUUUCUUGAUGUUUAUAAAGGGACCAAUGGUGUCAUUAUUAUGAUGGAUAUUACAAAAUCUUGGACAUUUGAUUAUGUACAAAGAGAACUUCCAAAAAUUCCUAACCAUAUUCCAGUAAUUGUUUUAGGGAAUCAUUGCGAUAUGUCGCAUCACAGAACUGUUACAUCAGAUCAUGUAACAUACUUUAUUGAUUCGUUACAUGAAAGAACAGCGCAAGUCAGGUAUGCAGAAUCAUCUAUGAGAAAUGGCUUUGGAUUAAAACUUUUGCAUAAAUUCUUUAAUCUUCCUUUUCUUCAACUGCAAAGAGAAACAUUAUUGAAACAGCUUGAAACUAAUGAGGAGGAGACACGUUUGACAAUACAAGAACUUGAUCUCUUUCAAGAUAGUGACGAUGCCAAUUAUAACAAAUUUUUGGAUAAUCUUGUUAACAGAAGAAGAGCACUUGCUGAUUCUGUCUCUGCCAGUAUUCUAGUCCCUAAUGUUACAUCUUCUUUGAGCAAUCAUAAUAUAUCUUCCAAUGGCAAUAUAAAUGUAAAUGCUGAAGUUAAAAGAUCAGUAUCUAUGCCUGGCCCAAUAGGAGGUGGAACUCCUAUUCCAGUGAAAAAUAUAGAUUUUAAAUCAAUACCAAAGAAGGAAAAUUUUACAAACACUUCUGAAAUUCAAGCAGUUCCUAUUAAAAAUUCACAGAUUACAUCGGUAUUAUCUAGUACACAAAAUAUUUCAAAAACAGAUUCUAAAAUGGCUGAACUUUUAAGUGAAAAUUCUGACAGACGGGAUUCAAUUAGCAAACCACAAUCACUUAUGUCAAAAAUAUUUGGUAAUAAAAAGGAAGAUGAAAUAGAUAAAGGAACGCAUAUUAAUAGCCCAAAUACAAAUGUACCCUUAACUAGUGUUGAAGAUUUUGUACCAGAUGAUGGAUUGUUAGAUCGAUCAUUUUUAGAAGAUGGUAGUCAAGUUUCACCACAAAAGGUACAGCAUGAGGAGCUAGAUUCUGAAAGUGAUACCGAAACUGCAAAUCCCUUGGUUGCCGGAUAUGAAGAUGAUUUAUCAUCAGCUGACGAAGCAACGCCUCCUAUUCAACCUAAAUUAGCUGAAAAUCCAUUGAGCAAACAAAAACACAAGCGUGAAACUUUAUCGCACGCAGAAAUAAAUCCGGAAAAACUGCGACAAAUUACGAAACGUGAUUCUAUCUCAUCUAUAGACCAAGAAUUACAAAUAUCGAACAAUUAUGACAUAAAUGAACAACAAGAGAUUAACUCGGAUGCAUUUGAUAGUUGGCUUCGACGUGAUUCCAAAUGGAGACAAAGUCCCGAGGGUGGUGAAGAUGUGAGCAGUAAUAGCACCAGAAAAGAUAGAUUGGAGCUGAGUGACAAAAGUUUAGACGUUAGUGUAACAAGUUCUAAUGUGCAUUUAGAGUUGCUCGACAAUACCAGCGUACGUCAUAUGAGCUCCGAUGGUGGGAGCCCUGUGUUAAAAGAAAAGAAAAAACAUAAAGAAAAGACGGAAGAUAGAGAGAAGAAGAAAAAGAAGAAGUCCAAGGAUAAAGAAAAAGAUAAAGAAAAAAUAGAUAAAGCAGAAAAGAAGAAAAAACGUUCGCUACAUCGUUCAAGAGAUGAAAACAGAGAACGCGAUGAACUUGAAGAAUUUCUCAAUGGUUCUGUAACUAGAAUUGAUGUUGAUGUUGCCUAUGAAGCGAUAUAGUGUUUUUUAUGUAACAUUUAAUCUACCUUUUAAUUAGUAACGCUGCCUUCUAAUAACGCGCAUAAAACAUUAUGUAAUGUUGAAUUAUUAAUAUAAAUUUUAUAUUUACAAAUAUCUUUCAAGCAAAUAAUAUAUGAUGUAAAGAUUUUGUUACUGUUCUUUAUAUGAUAAAAUAACGUUAUAGAUUGUAACAAAAUAUUUCUAACGAACCUUUUAUAGUUUUGAACGUUCGAUAAAUUAGCAUUCUGCGAAUAUCUAACACGCACGAAUGUAUUUUUGUACAUUUAAAUGCAACAUAUCGAAAUUAUUUAUUUUAAUAUAUUACAUUUUUAUCAACGAUAUAUUUUUCAAUGUUAUGUUGGAAAAUAAUUUGAGUGCAAUAUGUUAACUCUUCUUUAAAAUGAAAAGAAUUGCAUUCAAUUAAUGUUGUAAUUGUACCAUUACCACUAUUUUUUAACCUCAUAUAUCAUAGCGCAAUAUGUCAUCGAUGCAGCUUCAUGUUAAUAAAUGUACAUAAAUAAACAAAAAGUUAUCAUA